ACAUUAACACGAUCAUGACAUAGUGAAUAAGGUGAAAGAUUUACGUAUCAAACGGGAACCAAAUGAUAACAUAUAUUUUCGGAAAUUCGAAACGAGCUUUAUCGUAACUGAAGUUCAAGUACAACUAUGAUUUACAAACCGAUGAAAUUCAUAUUCAAUAUAAGAGACCGCAGUGGACAAGCCAUAUUUAUUACACUGAAAUUUUCACGUAAUUUUUGCUCUCGAUCGCACUCUCUGGUUAUUGUAACAAAAAUCGGAACUCCACGAUAUCUGUGAACUGCGUCAUUCGGACAAAAAGAGUAAAAUUUUGACUGCGAGAAAUCGAGAAGAAGCACAUUAGAUAGACAAUUUAGAAAUACGUACACAAUAUCAGUGAGGUAAUCGCGCACACUGGACAAGGCAGGAGAGGACCUAACGACGAUGAGGGAACCCCACAUCGAUUGCAAUUAAUUAUUCAAUUUGAAAGAUAACGGCAACUGAUCCUAGCUGAGUGCGAAUGCAAAACAAAUUCUUAUGUACCUAUUCUACAUUCACGUAGCAGUUGGAGAAUCAGAGCUAGUAGACUGCUUAACGAACUCUUUAACAUUUUCUGAUAAUUUUUAUUGUUUAUAGUAAUAUUUAUAACUGCAACUGGACGGGUACACUACUUAUCUGUUGUGUGCUGUUCAAAGCUGUUAUCGCACCUUCAUCAUGUAUGGAAAAAUUACAGACAAAUGAAACGACAUUCAUUAGGAGCAUGGAUGUGAUAAUUUAUUUACUUUAUUCCUUUAUUCAACUAGUUUAUCGAAGACUCUUGCUUGUUUUAUUUCGUUUCGGGUGAGAUGCAUCCAAGAGCGAAGAUCCUGAUUCAUGUAACAUCCAUACUUAUGCAUAAGUCAAGUUGGGGUUAUUCAAAUAACAAUUACAAUAUUAUCGAAUUUGAUCUUUAUGAGUUUUAUGUCUGCAUUCGGCAGAAGGGAGGGGGGGACCUUAGAGUGAAUUUCCCUUUAGAUCGGCGAAUAGUCUUGUUAUUCACAUGUGUGAUAACACCAAUUAAUUUUUAUCUCAAUUUCGAUACCAUGACGUGUUACUUCUUCUAUAUGUAAGUAUGCAAUGUGUGAAUAAAAAUUUUUGUAAUUCGUGAGAAGAACUUCAUAAAAAUUCAUUAUCGCUUAAUUAAAGUGUAUUUAUUUGAUGUUCGUUCUCCUGCGAGUGCGAGUGUUUUCAAGCAAAAAUGCUGCUCUGUCCGUUACGUUGGCGGUGUAAUAACUAUAAUUAAUUCUGGCGGAUGUGGCGGUUAACGAAUAAAUAAUUUCAUCGAGGUCAAUAGCGAAACGCCUGUAUCGAAACAGCAUCGUCUGCAUCGGUACGAAACUAUUUAAUAAUAGCGCGCAUGUAAUAACUAUUGAACAAUAACUCUGAAACUAUAACGAUAAAAAAGGUACGUUGUUUCGAAAUCUAAUUGUAAAUUGGAACUCAGAAAUCAGCACUCUGUUAUGAAGGUAUUCUAUAGUUCAUAGGUCAACCAAAAACUUGGACAUUUUCUGGCGAUUUCCGAUGAAGAAUAUAUAACCAUUGAAUCGAUGUACGCGUUAUCUGCGGCUUUGUCUUUCGCCGUUUAAAAAUAAAUCUUACAGAGAAUCGUUCAUUUUUACUUGAUAGCCGCGGGUAUUGAACGAACAUUGCUAGCCACAUUGCGCUAUUUGCUUUUUUUCUUUAACAAUAAGUAAUGGAGUGAAAGGGUAAUACGUGAUUUUUGAGUAGCAAAGUCUGAAGAAACAUGGACAUUCAGAAUUCACUGUGAGUUUCAGAGUUAAACCGAAUGAAUUUUCAAAAUUUUGCUGGUUACCAACUGGUAACUACACUAACAAAAUAAUUGCAAUUGGAUCCAGAGGAACGAAAUCGAGUGACCAUAUGUGUAGUGUUGCGCAAAACCGGGGGAAACUAGGCAAUGCCGGAAUACGGUAGAGUUAUCGACCACAAAAAAUUCACGAUGAUACACGGAAUUAAAAAAUUUGAAUUCUGUUUAAAAUAGCAUGGAGAUAAUUUGCGUAUUUUUCACAUUGGUAUUCGUUGAUAUUCUGUAAAGAAGUGUCGUUGAUCCUUCCGAGUUGAAACACCAGCAUAUAUCGAGAUGUCUAAGAGAGUAAGCUUUUAUGGGCUGGUUGGCCUUGGAUCAUUAUGUUUGGUUUUUUUAUUCUUCAACCAAAGAUACGGCAACCCAUUAAAACAUCGGAUACAACCGAUAUUGGCGAUGGGGAGAUCCUGGGACGAAAUUGAACCAAGGUCCCUUGAAAUUCAGGAACAGAUUUUGAAUACAAAUGAUAUUAAGGAGAUAGAUGAGUCGAAUGCUUCGUUAACUGUGAUACAGCACGUCAUUAAUCAGCAGCGAAGACUGAUUCGUGAAGAAAUGAUAGGCUAUCAAUACCCCAAAGGAAAUUACAAUAUUAGUGCUAACAAACUUGAAGAUUUGGUAUUGGAAAAGAAUGGGAGACCGCUUAGAAGUAUAAUUUUAACAACUUGGCGUAGUGGAAGUACAUUUCUUGGUGAUGUUCUCACAGCACAUCCCGCAAACUUUUAUCACUACGAGCCACUCCUAGAUUUUGAUAUUGUCCAAAUCAGGGGCCCUCCACUUGCCGCAGAAGCUCUUAAAAAUGUCAGAGCACUGCUUAAUUGCGAAUACGCAGAUCUAGAUCACUACAUAGAGUUUGGAAAAACUCAUUCUUGGCUCUUCAAUCAUAACGCACCGUUGUGGAAACAGUGCCAAGCCCAUAGAGGGCUAUGUUCUAAUCACAGGUUUCUCAGUGGAAUGUGUAAACUUUUUCCAUUCCAAUCAAUGAAACUUGUACGUCUCAGGUUACGAGUUGCACAAGAACUUCUGUCCGAUCAAAAAUUAGCUGUAAGAUUAGUUUUGUUAGUUCGGGAUCCCCGCGGAACUCUCCAGUCUAGGAAACAUCGUGAUUUUUGUCCGACAAGUCCUGAUUGUUCGGAUCCAGCUCUACUUUGUGCGGACAUGGUAUCGGAUUACGCCGUCGCGGUGGAAUUGCAAAAAAAAUACCCUACUACCUUCAGGGUUAUAAGAUACGAAGAUCUUGCCGUAGAACCGUACAAACACGUGGAAGAGCUUUCCAAAUUUUAUGGACUCGAUUUUCAUCCAAAUGUGAAAAAGUUUCUUGACACUCAUACUAAAAGUGACGCUGGUGGUGUAUCCAGCACUUUCAGAAAUUCAAAAGCGGCGCCUUUUCAUUGGAGAACAGAUUUGGAAUUCGAUGAAGUAGAAGAAAUACAGCGGUUUUGCAUCAACGCAAUGGAACACUGGGGUUACGUGCCAGCGAUGAACGCCACUCAUCAAAGAGAGUUCAAUCCUAUAACAGACUACGUGCUCGAUUUGUGACAUACUGCAUGGAAGUCCGUAGUGUUGUUAGAAUGUCCUCCGAAAUCGAAUAUGCAGCUAAGCGUAGUUACAUAUUAAACAGGUUAAUAGACGUUGUUGACGAGCACCAAUUAUUUGUAAAUCAUAUGUGACUAAUACACAUCAUUGUUGUGGUCUUGGAAUAAAUUCGAUGCAUUCCGAGGCCACAAGACUAAUUUUUCCAAAAGUAAAAGUAAAAUCGACAAUAUCAUACAGCCAGUCAACUAAAUUUGUAUUACAAAUUUCAUCCUGGUUUGGCAGUUUACGAAUAAUCAUCUUUUACUUUUGGGAUUAUGAAAUAUUAUGGACAGUUGUUUUUACCAGCAGACGAAUGUUAUUUAAGAAUUUCAUUUAUACAAGGAAAAAAAAAAGAAAAAAAAUCUUUUACACUAUUAGUAUUACAAGUAAUCUGCCAAGAGCUUUGAAGUGCACUUCACGUAUUGAAUCUCGCUACCAGUACCUAGUACCAGUUUUAUUAAUGCGAGAAAAAGAUUUAUAAACACGACGCAUAUAAGGAUUGGUUUCGCUUCGCUCACCCUACAUUUCAAAGGUUGUGCUUGUGAAAUGAUUAGAAAAAUAUACACACGUAAGAAUGUUUUGAAAAUUAGUUAGUUGAAUAUUCUCAGUCACCUAAUCGCAAAUUUAAAGCUUCCUAAAAAAAAGGUCGAAUUCUUCGGGUAAAA